GAAUCAGAAUUCCUUCAUUUGUCCCGCAAACAGGGAGAUUUAUAUGUCACAACAGCCAAAGGACAGUAAUAUUACAAUAAACAAUAAUAAUAAUUUACAAAAACAAUAUGAUUAAAAGGGGAAAAAAAGAAUAGACUUGUUUUUUUACAUAAUAUUGUACGAUACCAACAGAGUAAUUACAUGCAGUGUGGCAGUCUAUUUUAUUGACAUACAAUAUAAGAUGUGACAGGGACAACAGAUAACAUCAAUACUUUUCAUGUCAGUAAAGUUUAACACACUGAAUGUUUCCCCUCUUCAGACUUGAGUGAAGAGUUUAACCCAGUUUGCUUUUGUCUUGAUAUAUACAAAACGGGCUCAUGCAUCUCAAGCUUUCACUGUGUAACAGAAGUUAGUAAAGGAACUCACAAAUCAAACCUUUAUUCAUUCAAAUUCAACAUCUUUGACAUGCUUAAACGACAACAGAAUAAUUUGUCAAAAACACUUGAACAUCAGUGCAACAGAGCAUAUUUGUGCCUAACUCCUUCAUCUCAGUUCUAUAGAAUAAGAGAAGUAGAUAACCAGGAAAUGACUGGCAUGCAGUCAUCAGACAGAAGUGUAGGGAACUUAUUCAAGUUGGAUCGCUCAGCCUUAGAACGGAAAGGUUUAACGCAGGAGAAUGGAAGGAUUCAACUUUACCAACGUCUCGCAUAACAACAUCUCUGACCCUGAUGGUAUCAAACACCCCCCGUCCACCAUGGAAGUGGUGACGUGCAUUAUCAUUUCCAUCGGCCUUUGUUUGAUCCUUGUGGCCAUCUAUGCUGUUUGUUCUCUGGUGAGAAAGAAUCAUGUUGCUCCAAUCUACGUCAUCAGCCUUCUAAUUUCUGACCUCAUUCAGCUCUGCUGCCUGAUCAUAGCAUUGACAAGAGUUUUUUCUGGCUGGAAUUUAAUCUUAAUUUCUAUCUACAUGAGUAGUCAAAUGGUCAGUGUUUGCUUCAUGGUGUGCAUCGCCCUGGAAAGGUAUCUGGUCAUCGCCCGUCCACUGUGGUAUCGCUUCAGACACACCAUCAAGUUCUCUGUGGUUCUCUGUGUUAUGGUGUGGGUCCUACUUCCUAUCAGUUGCUGCAUGAUAGUGUUCCUGAUUGGUUUUAAAAAUGGACGAAUCAUCAUGGGGACUUUCUUCCUCCUUCCUAUCCCUCUGUUCAUCUUCUUUCUGGGUGGGACCAUCAGAGCUCUGUCCGUCAGUCGUGUCCCCUCUGUUGAAAAACGAAGAAUUGUGGGGAUUUUGGUCCUGGUGCUGCUCAUUUACACACUGCUGUUCAUGCCCAAAAUCAUUUAUAUACUGUUUAAGCAUCGCAACUAUACCUUAAGAAAAUUGUCUUUUGUGUUUCUCCGGUUGAGUCCCCUUGCAGAUGCACUUCUGUAUGUUUUCAUGAGGAAAGGGACCAUAGACAAGCUUCUGGCCUCUGUGUGUUGCUGCAGAAUGGACAGUAAUGACAGCAGCAGAAUGGACAGUAAUGAUAUCAGCAGUUCAACAGUGUGAAUGAUGACAACAUUUACACAGUCAGCCUCAUGUAGGCAGAGAAAGAGGAAGGGAGAGAAAAGAACCAUCCUGCUGUCUUAAUCCUGAAACCUUUUAUCAAUGUAGUUGUUUAUUGUUUAAAGCUAUAUCUAAUGUUCAUCUAUCCAAAACUUUAUUUCUGUUGCUUUUUCAUCAUAAUUGGGACAAAUAAGAAACUAUACAUAACAAUACAUAUGUACAUAUGUUAGACAUUAUUCAAUUUGAGUUCAACAGCAGCUGUUUUGUACUUUCAGUAUGGAUACAAUCUUCUAUCGUGAUGUUUGCCCCUUAAAAUAAAAUUGUACAUUUUCUGAAAAUUAAAAUAAAAAUCUAGACAACAUUGCAAAUGUCUGCCCUUGACCAACUUCCUGAAG